AACCAUACUGCACACCACUACCAUCACCACCACUACCACCACUAGUACUAUUAACACCGCUAUUACUGCUGCUGCUGCUGCUGCUAUAUGGAUACUUCUAAGCUGGGAGGGUGUGUGGCGGACACGAAGAUGUCAGCGGAAGCGGGGAAACGACGGGAAAAUAUGAACGAGCAGCUGUCCAAAGAUGUGGUUGAGCGAAACACCAGAAACUAACCCGUCCGAUCGGUGUAAAAGUGGUUUUAAUUGGUGGCGUGGGUUCGAGUUACGGGUCGGGGGGACUUUUCUCAGCGUCCCGCCACAAACCCUUCCCGUCUCUCUUCCCGUCAUACCCCACGGCCGUCACCUGUGAUGUGCUGUACGUGGGCAUCCUCACCGCCUUCCUCGUCAUCUUGGUCUCCUUCUUCGUCAUCUUCCCUACAUUCAAAGGACGGGAGGAGAAAAUAAAAAUCUUCUUGAGAGUGGCUUCCUGCAUGAUACUUGGACUCGUCAUUAUGGUAUGUAACUACGGCCAGCAGUGGGAGGUUGGAGUGAUCACGACCUCCGCGCCUUACAGAGCAGGCAGCGGGCAAGAGAUUCGAGCUCAACUGGGACUGUAUCUUGGUCUGCGAUCAGUCAACAUUACUCUUAAAACGAUAGAUGACCCACGCGGAGACCUGGCUGGAGAAAAGAUUGACUACAAUGAAAGAUUUACUUGGACGUGGGCUCAAGGCAAUGCGGGCUUCGGUCCUAACGCGGGGACUUUCCAAAGGGAGUUUCGACGAGCACAAGAGACGGGCCUUCCUUUGCCGAUCCUCUGGGCUGCUGAGUACUUCACGAUAGACGGGGAAGGCGUUCGUUUCGGGAGACAUUAUCGUUACUCUGGAUGGUUUGCUCACAUCUGCGUUUGGACUGCCUUUCCAUUGUGGAUUGUGACGAUGGUUCUCUUCAAGAUGGUGAUCAGAAUUGCUGCCCAGACCCUCGCUUUAACUGGCAUUAUGCUCCUCUCCUCUGCGCUCAUUUGGGCAACUAACAGGAAUUACACCGAGCUACAGAUACCUUUCGAGGAUGGGAUUUUAACCACAAGAUUCGGAGUCCACUGGUACCUCGCACUCGUCACAGGAUCGGUGUGCACUGUAGUAGGUGUCGCCAUCUAUCUGUACGACUAUUGUCAUCCUGGCUCAUCAACGCUCAGUGCAAUUUUUGGCAACAACCCUUAUAAUAUCGUGGAGCAGGAGACCCGAGUGGAGGGGGAGGAAAAAGCGAUUCCAACAAGCCUACCUGGGACCAGAAAGAGCACUAUGCAGACGGCAGGGCGUCGAGUGGUGACAACGCUGAGAGUGUUUGGCACCAAACAUUGUCUCAAGAAAGUGACCCACGUGCCUGGAGGGGAAUGGAUCUCAUCCCCUUCGUUCACGCAGGCUACAGACAUGGUAUCCGAAGAUGACGGCGACGACGGAGGAGAGGGAGACUCCAGUGGAAUUCUUACCCAACCGAUUGCAAAGUCUACAAGCUUUUUGACCCUUGAGCGCGGGUACUCACUCCAGGACCAGCCGGAAGACCUACCAUCCCACAGUCACUCCCAAACCUUUGAGAAUCAGGCCUUUCAGGACACUGACGAGGAACCAGGACCCUCCAGCAAGCUACUAGGCGAGGUUUAAUCAGGUGGUUAAGUUCUGAAUGGUGACUUGUCAUUAGAACAUCAGAACUUAAAAGAUGAUGCAAGAAGCCAAUAGGCCUAAACGUGGCAGUCCUUCUAUGAAACCUAUACACCUUCCUCCACCUACCAUUCCAGCUCUCUCUCUCUCUCUCUCUCUCUCUCUCUCUCUCUCUCUCUCUCUCUCUCUCUCUCUCUCUCUCUCUCUCUCUCUCUC